AUGACUGAGAAGGAAUCUGCACCGUUUCUCCGCCUCUCUUCAAGUUGUAUGAGCUUGUUAAUUGUUCAGAAGCUACACCGGAGUUCUUUAAGAAUAUCCCCAAAUGGACCAACCUCAACAACCAACACCAUGUGUGGCUACUACGGAAACUACUACGGAGGCCGAGGCUAUGGCUGCUGUGGCUAUGGAGGACUAGGCUAUGGAUAUGGAGGCCUGGGCUAUGGUUAUGGAGGCCUGGGCUAUGGCUAUGGCUGUGGUUAUGGCUGUGGCUAUGGCAGACUGGGCUGUGGCUAUGGCUAUGGCUCACGCUCUCUGUGUGGCUGUGGCUAUGGAUAUGGCUCUGGCUCUGGCUAUGGAUCUGGUUUGGGCUACUACUAUUGA